AUGCUUAGCGUUUCCGAAAUUGAGGAGCUUAACGUUGAAGAAUAUGUAAGGAACCAUUACAAAAACGGUAAAAGCAUGAAUGCCUUCUUCUUGUAUAGAAAAGAAUAUACAAAGCGUGCAAUUGCCAACGGAAUUAAAGCAAAGAUGACAAAUAUAUCUAAAGCUGCCGGCGAAUCUUGGAGAAAUGAAAAACCCAAGAUUAAGAAGGCAUUCGCAAAAGUUUCGAAACGCAUUGAUGAACUUUUACAGAGAAGGAGGCAAAGUGAGAAAACUUACCAAAUCAUAUAUGAUCCUAAUAUGGAAAGAGUACAGCCUAUUUCACAAGAAUCUGUGGAUAUUAAUAAUCAACACGAUCCUUCAAUACAAAAUACUCCCACUUUAUACUUUCCUUCAUAUUUUCCUUUGUCACAAGACUAUGAAUAUAGUUACUCAUUAAGUGUGGAGGAUAUUGCAUACCUUUAUUGGAAUUCGAUUGAUGGUCCGUUCUUUAUUUGA